CGAGCCGCACGGAGCAGCGUCUCGCUCGGCUACGUCCUGCGCUGCCCAUCAUGUCUCUGAGGAGCAGCCUCUCGCGUCUCCUCCGGACGCAAGUGCGCUCCGUCCCAAAGAAGUCCGUCCACUCCGUGGCUGUCAUUGGAGCCCCAUUCUCUCGGGGACAGAAAAGGAAAGGAGUGGAAUAUGGUCCGGCUGCUAUAAGAGAAGCUGGCUUGAUGAGAAGGCUCUCGGAUUUGGGCUGCCACCUUAAAGACUUCGGAGAUUUGAGUUUUACUCCAGUUCCUAAAGAUGAUCUCUAUAACAACUUGAUAGUGAAUCCUCGCUCAGUGGGCCUUGCCAACCAGGAACUAGCGGAGGUGGUUAGUAGAGCCAUGUCAGGUGGCUACAGCUGUGUCACAGUGGGAGGAGACCACAGCCUGGCAAUUGGUACCAUUAGUGGCCAUGCCCGGCACUGCCCAGACCUUUGUGUGAUCUGGGUUGAUGCUCAUGCUGACAUCAAUACACCCCUCACCACUUCAUCUGGAAAUCUCCAUGGACAGCCAGUUUCAUUUCUCCUCAGAGAACUACAGGACAAGGUACCACAGCUCCCAGGAUUUUCCUGGAUCAAACCUUGUAUCUCUUCCCCAAGUAUCGUAUAUAUUGGACUAAGAGAUGUGGACCCUCCUGAA